GUCCCCACCCCCGCUUACCUAAACCCGAGGCUAAUAAGAAUGCCCCUCCCGGCACGGAUAGCGAUAGUUAGGCCUUUAGAGACACUCAUUUUUUUCUUAUCAGAUCCUGAACGUCAUCUGAACUUCGUCGGCCUACCUCAUCUCGUGUAUCAGCGCCACCGAGCCAAAAAGUCCUGUUUCCCUCCACCUUCUCGUUGUAUUCCCUCAACUACAGGAUCUCAUAUCCUCCCCUCAACGCGCCCUCCUUCAGCCCUUAAUACCCCCCAAUCCCACACGCCCAAUGGACGACGGAACAGCCGGCUCCGCUUCCACUGCGGCCAACUACCACAACCAUCGCAAAGAUAACCACAGUCAGUCAGCCAUGGUCCGGAACAGCACUUUAGAGCUCGAGGACAUCCCCGGCGCGCGGAUACGUGGCGAUGGACACAUCUCUGCCACGCAGCGCAUGCUGGCUGCAUGUUCGGGAAGCUUACUUACAAGCUUACUUGUAACGCCUCUAGAUGUGGUGCGAGUUCGGCUUCAAGCUCAGCACCCGGCUCCUGCCCAAUCGUCGUCGUCGUUAGCUCCACACAUUUCCUCUGAUACCCUCGGUCGUGCUAGGAGCCUACCGCUUUCUCCCAUUCGGUUCCAGUCGACGGCGGCACUCUCGACUCCAGAGUUGGGCGUUACGGCGUGCUGUAGGGAAGUGUUCUGGGUGGGCAACACUGCCGAGGCAUGCCUUGCAUCACCGACGAUCCCGACGGCGCUUACCGACAGCUGCAUCGUCGAGCAAACGUCGAGCCGACGGUUCUCGGGCACCUGGGAGGGACUCGUCAAGAUUGCACGUUAUGAGGGGUUGUCGUCGCUGUGGCGCGGCCUAUCGCCGACGCUCCUCAUGUCCGUCCCUUCCAACGUCAUCUACUUCACCGGCUACGACUGGCUACGCACCUCGGAUGUAUCGCCGUUCUCAUCGCUCGGUGGUGUCACAGCGCCCCUGUUGGCUGGCUCCGCCGCGCGCGCUAUCGCCGCCUCGGUGAUUUCGCCGCUGGAACUGUUCAAGACUCGUCUCCAAGCCACAAGCAACUUCGGAUUCCAAGACACACUCCACGGGAUCCGCACGAUGGUGCACACCGAGGGCGCGCUGACGCUCUGGCGCGGCCUCGGCCUGACGCUCUGGCGCGACGUCCCCUUCUCAGGUAUAUACUGGCUCGGCUACGAGCGGAUCAAGGAGCGUCUGCGCACGCGUCGCGAAGCGCAGUGGUCACUCCUGCACGACCACCCGACCGGCAUACUGCUCCCGUCGGCGCAGUCGAAGCGGAAGGAGGACCUCCAUGCCGAGAGCACGUUCCUGGACGCAUUUAUUGCCGGAGCUUCGAGCGGCGCUGUGGCGGCAUUCCUCACUACCCCAUAUGAUGUCGGAAAAACGAGACGCCAGAUCGCCCAUGCCCGCGGCCAGGAGAUCGGUGCGAAGGCUAUGAGCAUGCCGAAGGUCCUGUUCGAGAUCUGGAGGGAGGGCGGGCUCCAGGGCUUGUGGAAAGGAUGCACCCCGAGGAUGUUGAAGGUUGCGCCUGCUUGUGCAAUCAUGAUCUCGAGCUACGAGGUGUGCAAGAAGGCGGCGAUGCGCGUGAACCACAAGAACAACCGCGAGCUGUAGGCUGUAGGCUCUACACGUCAGAUCUGAUCAGUUACUAGGUUUCUUAGGUAGCUGAUAGGUAGCUGAUAGCUGAGAGAGAGAGAGAGAGUUGUAUGAUACUAGUAUACCGCGGCGCACCUAAUCUUUCGCACUUAUGGGUCUGGUUGAGGGGCGCCCCGGUUGCUUUACAUUUUCUUUCCUUUUCUUUUCCUUUUCUUUUUUUCUGUUUUUUUUCUGUUUUUUUUCCU